CUUCUCCAUUUUUGAAUCUUUAGGUCCAUCUACCUAGCUUUAACUCUCUCUCUCUCUCUCUCAACUUUCUCUCUUUUCACAUUCAGUCACUCACAUAUGAUCUCCUCUUCUCUAUUGCAAAUAAUUUCAGUUUCAAAACCUAAUAAUGGAGGAGAGAAACAGAAACAAUUAUGGCUUCCUUGAUCUGAGACAGAUCAUGGGCGGAACCGGAAGGAACUGUUUUCCACAGCCACCACAGCCACAGCCACAGCCACAGCUCUCAGAACCAUUCAUAUUGGGUGGUUGUUGUCACAGCACUGGAGAGGUGUUUGGUCAUGAAUUUGGACAACAUAACAACAUUAAUAACAACACUGGUAGUACUAGUACCAGUAGUGUUGUUGUUGUCACUCCUAAUCCUAGUCCUAGUCCUCCUCCUCCUUCAUUUUCUGCUGCUGCUCAUGCUCAUCAGUUUGGCUUAGAGAUGGAGACCGUUAAUGGAGAUGGUGGUGGUGGAAGUAGUAGUAGUAGUAGUAGAUGGCCUAGACAAGAGACUCUCACUCUUCUUGAAAUCAGAUCUCGUCUUGAUUCUAAAUUCAAAGAGAUCAAUCUCAAAGCUCCCUUGUGGGAUGAUGUCUCUAGGAUAAUGUGGGAGGAACAUGGGUACCAGAGAAGUGGAAGGAAAUGCAGAGAGAAGUUUGAGAACUUGUACAAGUACUAUAAGAAGACUAAGGAAGGUAAAGCUGGAAGACAUGAUGGCAAGCACUAUAGGUUCUUUCGCCAGCUUCAAGCCCUCUGUGAAGAACCCAUCAAUGAAUCUUCAGAUACCCAUCUUGCCAAAUACAAUCUUGUUUAUCCAAACCCAAUGACAAACAGUUUUAUUUUCAAUCAAGAAAAUCAAGAAGAUUUGCAGGACCAGAAGCUACUCGAGAGCGAUAACCGAUCUAAUUCAUCUGAAUUUGAGACUUCUUCUUCCAUAAACAAUGGUGAUGAUCUUUCAGCCAUGGCAUUGAUGUUGAAGCGUUCUAUGGAGAAGAGGACUAACACGAAUGAGAGCCAAAGUUUUAGAAAGGUCAAGAAGAGCUGGAAAGCGAAGGUGGUCGAAUUUGUAGACUCAGGGAUGAGGAAGUUGAUGGACACACAGGAGGUUUGGAUGGAGAAGAUGUUGAAAACUAUUGAGCAGAAAGAAGAGGAGAGUAUGAUCAGAGAGGAAGAAUGGAGGAAAGAAAACAAGGCUCGGUUGGAUCAAGAAUAUAAAUUUUGGGCUAAUGAGAGAGCAUGGAUCGAAGCUCGAGACACCGCAUUAAUGGAUGUUUUGCAGAAAUUUACAAGGAAAGAACUAAAAGUUUCUUUACCGGAGAUACAAGAUUGCAAAGAUAUGGAAGAUGACACUAACAGAAGUACCGAGUGGCUUGAACCGGAGAUCUCAAGUUUCAUUCAACUAAGGACAAGUAUGGAACCAAGGUUUCAAGAAAGUGAGAAUUCAAAAGAAUGGCUAUGGGAGGAGAUAGUGGCAAGAAUGGCUUGUUUGGGGUAUGAUUGGAGUGUGAUGAGGUGUAGACAGACAUGGGAAAAUAUCAGCUUCUAUUUUAACAAGACAAUGGAGUAUGAGAAGAAGGGUGGUAGUGUUCAGAAUUCAAGAAUUUAUUACGAUGGACAAGAGAUUGGUACGCAAAACAAUGAUGGACUCUCAACUUGUAGCUCUAAAAUUGGCAAUGAAGUGCAUGAAAACAACUUUCCAGUCCUGAUGAUGAAUGAAAAGGGAACCCUGUGGGACAAUUAUGAUUUGAAGUUCAGUAAAGAAUAAAAUCAUUGGGUAUGGUGUGGAAGGCUCGUCUUACCAAUCUUAUAUGUUGUCGCGCAGAUGACUAACACCAGAAGAGUUGAACCUGAACUUUGGUAUAAUAUCCAAUAUCUUUUUACUCAACCAAACCCCUUUGGAUUAAAACCACCAAGAUUAGCUCAAAUAAGAAUUGCAGUUUUUUUUUUUUUUUUUUUUUUUUUAAAGGUCUUCAAAUCUAAGUGAUGUAAAUUGUUUAUUGGAAGAGGUAUGAUGAUCUGUGUCGAUUGGAAGAUAGGUUUGUCUCUUCAUGCAGGCAAAAGAUUUGUGCUCAGAAUUUUUAUCAAGAAUUUUAUCUACAAUGGUUAAAAGUGGUCAAGACUC